CUAAAAACAAAACGCCGGAAAUUUUGCUUUAUUCUUGAGUGUUCGGAAAAAGUGACUUUAUUGGUAACUGUGUGCUAGUUUUCCUUGUUAAGAUCAAUUGGUUUUUAGUUGUAGAUAUUGAAUAACUCAUCUUUAUCACCAAUCGAGCUGAAAAUGUAGAAGUUGACUAUGAAAAGACCUACACAAAAGACCGUCCAUAGUUCGAAACUAAUCUUAUUAAUAUUAAUUCAGCUAGUUACCGGAGCUUUUGGGACCAGCGAUGACAUCACGAACAUUUGGUUUUUUGGGUGCCGUUGGUUCGGAGGCAUCACCAACAUGCUGUCUUGCAAUUGUGCACCGGAAGCAGAAGAGAUGUACAUCCAGAGAAACUCGAUUCCAGCCUAUGACGUUAGUAACAUAGAAAUCAGCAAUUGCUCAAAAGUACGCUUCGGACCAAAAUCAGUGUAUGAUCUCAAUAAUUUACGACAAAUAACAUUAAACAAUAUCCAAUCACUUGUUUUCGAAGCCAACAGCUUAGAAUGGGUCGGAUAUAAAGAUUCAAUAGACAACCAGGAAAGAUUUCAAGUUAAUACGCCUAGUCUGAAAGUGUUUGUUAAAAAUAGUCUAAAUGUUAAUAUAGGUUCGCACAGUAUGGUUGGUAGAAUAAGUGAAAUAAAUUUCGAAAAUGUCCUCAUAGAAAAAAUCGAUGCUUUUGCAUUUUCAAACUUAGUACAAAUGGAAAACUUAAUUUUCACUAACGUGCAACUUAAAAAUGUUAACUCCCAAGCCUUUAAACGAUUUGGAACUGAAUUCAUGAUCCUAGAUGGAGUGAAAGCAGAUUACCUACCCAGCAGGACCUUUUUAAAUGUAACAGUCUACAGGGAUUUCAUUAUAAGAAAUUGCCAAUUCAACACUCUACACAGUGGAACAUUUAGGAUCAACCAUCCUACAAAUUUUGCCAUAACCAACUCACAAAUAAACGACCUACAAGGACAAGCCUUUCUAGUAUCAACAACUGGCAAUGUUAUUAUAAGAAACAACUUUUUCAAUAAUGUGCAAGAUUAUGCUUUCAAAGGAAUCACCAAUGAAAUCAGCAGGGUAAACACUAUACAUUUUGACUCUAACACUUUUGGCUCAUUAAAUCGCCGCUCUUUGGACUUGCAGCCUCAAUUCGAAGCUCGAGUAUCCAAUUUGAACCUCAAUCAAACAUGCGAUUGUGAUUCAAUAGUCGAAAAACUACAAACUGAUUUUUAUGAUGAAAUUCGUUGUUUAUAUCAAGAAGAAUACAUAACAGUGAAAAACUUUAAAAGUCAAAAUUGUUCGGUAUUAGCGGGUUACUAUACAAUAAUGAUAGUAGUUUGUGUCGCGAUUUCAGUGAUAAGUAUCGUGGCUAUAUCGUUUUACGUUUAUUAUGUUUUGGUGUACAAAAGACAAAAAUAUGGUUGUGAGAAAGGAGGGAAAGCUCCAUUGAGUUUAAUCGUGCCCGAUGGGAGGACUUAUAAGGAAACCGAGUUGCACGUUAUCGUGGAAAAGGCCGACUUGUUAACAACCGAUCUUUGAUUUGUUAAUUUUUAUCAGUAUUUCUUGUAAAUAAUGUUAAUUAUUAUUUUCUAAUACUUAAUUUAUAUCUUCUGUGAUUUCUGUUUAAUUUUAUUUAUUGAGACAUUGUUUUUCCAAUUCAGUUUUCUAGCUAGAGUAUCGUUAAAUAAGAAUUCCUAAUAAAUGUCCCAAAGAUAACCAAAUAAAUACAAUUCAA